AUGGUUGUUGAAUCAAUUUCAAUACCACCGAUUCGUAGAAAUUCAUCAAAUACUCCAACUCCAACGCCUUUGGCGCUUACAGAAGAUAAUCCAAUUUCACUCAAAGUUUCAAAAAUUUUAAUUUGUCCUAUUGAUGAUGUUAAAACUAAAUCUGCAUUAGAAGCACUUUCAGAAUUUUAUACCUCAAAUUCUGUAACUGAACGUAGAAAUUUGAGAGGGAAUAUUGAACAGAAAGCUAUCGAAACUAACAGAAAUUUUCUGGAGACUUUUGGUAAAGUUACGGAGCAAUUGGCAGUUAUAGAAUCAGAAAUUAAGAACAUGAAUAAUUUUUGCGAUGAAAUUAGUAAAAGCCUAGAUUCUGCAAAGCGUCAAACUGCGUUAUUAUUGGAACAAAGCGAUAGUUUAAAGUCACAACGAGAAAGCUGUAAGACUCGCAAGAUUUUAAUAGAUGCAUUUUUAGGAAAAUUUACACUCUCUGAAAAAGAGGUUGCAACCUUAUUCUCUCCUGAUUCAGGAAUAGGUCCAGGAUUUUUUGAAGUAUUGAAACAUCUGCAACAAAUUCACAGUGAUUGUGAUGCAUUGUUGAUUACAGAAAAUCAAAGAGCAGGACUAGAAAUUAUGGAAAGAAUGAAUUCUUAUCAAGAAACAGCUUUUGAUAAAUUAUACCGAUGGACUCAAACAGAGUCUCGUUCGUUGGGCCGAGAUACACAAGAAGUUCCUAUAACUUUAAAACUUGCAUUGAAAACUUUAAAACAGCGACCUGUGUUAUUUCAAUCAUGUCUUGAAGAACUCGUUUACAUUCGAAGAAAUUCAAUAAUACGCGCAUUCACGGAUGCUUUAACUCGAGGUGGUCCUGGGGGCACUCCUCGUCCAAUCGAAUUACAUGCACAUGAUCCUUUACGUUAUGUAGGUGAUAUGCUUGCUUGGAUUCAUCAGACGGUUGCUAAUGAAAGAGAAUUUUUGGAAAGUUUAUUCGAAGUUAAAAAUGAAAGUGAGCAUUCGAAUGUUGAAAAUUUGGAUAAAGAAAGUGAUGAUAUCGUUAUUCAGGAUCUAUUAGAUCGUGAUCUUGAUGGGACGUGUCGUCCAUUAAAGUUUCAAUCUACUGUUAAAUAUGAGAAAUUACAUUCAUUAUUCUUUGAGAUUGAUCUUUUAUACGAAUUUUGCAGCAUCACGGAUUCAGCGUCCAGAGUGUUUUUUAAUACACUUAAUAUGCAAGCCGAACAACUAUUACGAUAUAGACAAACCCCAGGUGUGGACUUAAUGCCACCGCCUGCAGUGAAAGAAACAGUGUUGCAGUUGAAAGAAAUAAUGGCAUCAUAUGAAACAUCUUUGGUCACUGCUACAGAACGUGAAGAUGAUUUCCGCACAAUUUUAGAUACUAUAUUAGAUCCUUUGUUUCAAAUGUGUGAAUUGGGUGCAAAUGAUUUACCAAAAUUUGAUAAGGCAAUUUAUAUGAUAAAUUGUCUUCAUUAUGUGCAGUCAUCUUUAACUCCAUACUCAUUUACACAUGGUAGAGUUAUGUCACUAGAGAGGCAAAUUGAGGAAAACAUGGAAAUAUUAGUAGAUGGACAGUACGCAAAUCUUUUAAACCAAUCUGGACUAGGACCAAUUGUCCAGAUUAUGGAAACAAAAGAUGAAGAU